UUUCUCUGUUUACACAGAAGAAUAUAAGAACAAUUAUUGAAUAUCACAUACUUAACAAAAUUAACAAUGAAAUCACUUAUACUGUUUGCCGUGCUUGUAAUAGGAGCGAGAUGUCAGUCUUUCAGCCAGUGCGACACUUUCAUCCUGAAGUUGGACUGUUCAACCCGCGCUUUGUCGCCCACCUGUGGCAGUAAUGGUGUUGACUAUCAGAACAGUUGUUAUCUUGCUCAGGCCCAGUGUAGGGAUCACAGCCUCCACGUCACGGCUCUCACCUCGUGCAAGGGCGCUGGCGUUACCAGUCCUGGGAUGACCACUACAGGAAGGAUGACCACCACUGCUGGUGGUCCCAUGACGACCUUGGACCCACUAUUCAUCAACCAUAACCAACUACAGGACUUCUUCUGUUUGGAGCUGAUGCACGAGGCUUGCCCCACCAACACCGAGCGAGUCUGCGGAACUGACGGGGUCACUUACAGUAAUGUAUGCGAGUUUGAAAAAUCGAGAUGUGCUCACAAGAACUUACAGGUUAACCACUACGGACAAUGCUAAAAGGCUGUCAUUAUUAGUGUUUAGUUUUAUCGUUUCUUAUUCGUUGUCUGAUUCUAAUAAACAACCAGUAGAGGGACUAUCA